AUGGGAAAGCCACGUGGAAUCCGAACCGCUCGAAAGAUGCGAAAUCGACGACGUGAGCAGCGUUGGGCCGAUCUUGGAUACAAAAAGGCGAACCUUGGAACCGCCCUGAAAGCCAAUCCUUUCGGAGGUUCAUCCCACGCGAAAGGAAUCGUCCUUGACAAGAUCGGUGUCGAGGCCAAGCAGCCGAACUCCGCCAUUCGCAAGUGCGUCCGAGUUCAGCUCAUCAAGAACGGAAAGAAGAUCACUGCCUUCGUUCCCAAUGAUGGUUGCCUCAACUACAUCGAAGAGAACGACGAGGUUCUGGUCGCUGGUUUCGGUCGAUCCGGUCACGCCGUCGGUGAUAUUCCCGGUGUCCGAUUCAAGGUUGUCAAGGUCGCCAACGUCUCUCUCCUGGCACUCUUCAAGGGCAAGAAGGAAAGACCAAGAUCAUAA